AUGUCGUUCCUCAUGGAGAGCUCAGCUGUCGGUCAACUGUCAACUCUCAACUUCAGUAACAUCCUCCAGGCUCUUCUGGGCUCAGUAAGGACUCAAUUCACAACCCCAGGUGUGGAAAAGCUGACACAGAACCUACUUCUUACGCAGCUCGUCCUGUAUGCCGCUCUGAACAGUCUUUCUAACAUCUACCUACAUCCUCUCUCUCGUUUCCCCGGCCCCAAACUCUGGCAAACCAGCUACAUCUUCCGCCACAUUGCCAGCAUCAGAGGCACUCUCGACGUAUCCAUCAAGGCAUUCCAUGCCAAAUACGGACCGGUCGUCCGCUAUUCACCCGACGAACUCUCCUUUAUCUCCGCAGAAGCGUGGAAGGACAUCUACGGGUUCCGCGAGAACGCCCUUCCCAAAGACCCAUCCUUCUACGGCCUCAUCCAGCUCUCUCGGGAUAAGAGCCCUAGCAUCUUCACAGCAGACCAGGAUCACCAUCCGCGCAUCCGAAAGGCUCUCUCCUACGCGUUCUCAGAAAAAGCUCUCCGCGACCAGGAGCCUUUCGUCAAACACUAUGUUGAUCUGCUUAUACAGCGACUGCGGGGCAUAGCCGACGCAGAGGACAACAGGAUCGAUCUUGUGGAGUGGUACAACUUUACCACGUUUGAUAUCAUCGGCGACUUGGCCAUUGGAAGAUCAUUCAAUUGCCUCCAAGACUCCGCUUAUCAUUCAUGGGUGGACGCAUUCUGGAAGAGCAUCAAGAUAAGCCCCUAUGCCAGGGCCAUGGCAUCAUACACGGACGUGCAGCGGCUCCUCAGACUGUUUGCCCCGCGGGCAUUGAAGGAGGCCAGACUCAGACAUCUCCAGUACGUCGGUGUCCAUACGGAGGAGCGGCUGGCGCGGGGAAUCCUGCGCGACAAGCCAGACUUCAUCUCGUAUAUACUCCGAAGCAAAGGAACUGCGGACGAGCUGACGGACGGUGAGGUCGAAGCAAACGUCAACUUCCUACUCCUAGCCGGUACGGAAACAACCGCGACAGCACUAUCAGGGACAACGUACUACCUGCUCAAAAACCCGGAGGUGCUAAGAAAAGCAACGGCCGAAGUGCGAAGCGCGUACAACAGCGAGCCCUGUCGAGCCUUGUCCCUGGCCCAAGCAUCGCGCCGAGAGGUUGAGUGUGAAUUCUUAUGGGAUCGGUGGAUCUAA